UUUUUUUUUUUUAUCAAACUUCUAUUCAACUUCUUUUUCUUUUUUUAACGCUGGUCGUUUAUUCACAUUCGUUUAAAAUAUGCCCCGUACAUUCCCUUUACUUAUAAUUGCUCUUCUUGCUUUCAGCUGCUUGGUUGCUGCAGCUCCUGUUAGCAAUACUUCUAUUUCUCCAAUUGAAAAUAGUAGUGCUGUUUCUAAUAUGAUCAAUUUAAACAAACAUAAAAAGAAGCAUAAGAAGCACAAAAAGCAUAAAAAGCAUAAAAAGCAUAGAGAGUCAAAACACCACAAGUCAUCAACUAGUAAGAAAUCAACAUCUAAAAAAUCUCAAAAAUCUAGAUCUAGAAGAACCAAAAACACCAAGAAAACAUCAUCAUCAUCGUCGUCUUCUCAUUCAGGCCAUGGAAAAUAUUCUGGUAUUGCUACUUGGUUCACACCUGCUACUGAAGGUGGUUCUACAGGAGCUUGUGGUCCUAAAGAAAAUAACAAGAGUCUUAUUGUUGCCUUGAAUGCUCAUCAAUAUGGUAACAUGAAUAAAGUCUCUCCAUGGUGUGGUAAAAAGAUUUCAAUCACAGGUCCUGCUGGUACUGCCACUGCUACUAUUAACGAUGCCUGUCCUGGAUGUAAGCAGGGCAGUCUAGAUCUUACUCCUGUUCUCUUUAAAAAAGUUGUAGGUGAUUUGAAUAUUGGUGUUGGUGACAUUACUUGGUCUGUCAUUUAAGCCUACUUCUUUAUUACUUGUUUUUUUUAUUUUGAUUUUGUUAUUAACACUUGAUGACAUAAAAUGCUAUUAAAAUUAAACAAGAUUCAAUUUUUUUGUUAAAAGGAA